UAUUCUGCUUGUUGUUGAUGCUGAGGAAGCUUCUCCUCCACUUCUGCAUCUAAAGAGACAAGCACGAACUUCCUGUGUGAUCUCCGUUCAGCUGACUUCACCCUGGCUGCCUCUCUGGGAGGCUUACAGGCUGUGCAGUCUGGGGGAUAGAGAGCCUUCUGUGGGCGGUGUACAGCUCGCAGAGACGCUUGGAAUAUUCUUGCAGAAGCAUCAACAGAAGAUCAGCAGCAGCAGCCAUAAAUGUGGAUUGUUUACACCGGUCGGUCGAGCCGUUCCUGCUUCCCCGCCUCCCAGCGACUCCGAGCGGCCGACUGUGCUCAGCAGCGUAGCCGCAGAUAGCGUCAGUGGAACGGGGCUGAUGGCCCUGGUGCUCGGCCCGGCCUCCAUCACCCUCAGCGUCUGCCCGUGAGACUCCUAGAGAGCUACAAAGCCACACCGCUACAUCUAGUCGCCUCAAGUCCCGUGGGAAGAGCGGAGAAAGGAGAGGCGGAGCGGGGCUCAGCAUCGCACCGUGCAUGGUGCUGCGGUGUCGGAGGGAGUGGAUGUGCAGCCAGAGCUGACCCAGAGAUGGCUGUUCUCAAACUGGCCGACCAGCCUCCUCUCAUCCAGGCAAUCUUCAGUGGAGAUUCUGAAGAGAUCCGUAUGCUCAUAUACAAGUCUGAAGACAUCAAUGCUCUGGAUGCAGAGAAGCGCACUCCGCUGCAUGCAGCAGCCUUCCUGGGCGAUGGCGAGAUCACCGAACUCCUCAUCCUCUCGGGGGCACGUGUCAACGCCAAAGAUAACAUGUGGCUGACCCCUCUCCAUCGCGCUGUUGCAUCUCGGAGUGAGGAGGCUGUUCGAGUCUUGAUCCGCCACUCUGCUGACGUGAACGCGCGGGACAAGAACUGGCAGACGCCGCUGCAUGUCGCUGCAGCGAAUAACGCGCUGCGAUGCGCUGAAAUCAUCAUCCCACUGCUGAGCAGCGUCAACGUGUCAGAUCGUGGUGGACGCACUGCUCUCCACCACGCUGCCCUCAACGGCCACACUGAGAUGGUAAACCUUCUCCUCACUAAAGGAGCCAACAUCAAUGCCUUUGAUAAAAAGGAUGGCCGAGCUCUGCACUGGGCAGCUUUCAUGGGUCACUUGGAUGUGGUGUGCCUGCUGGUAAACAAAGGCGCAGAGAUCAGCUGCAAAGACAAACGAGGAUACACUCCGCUUCACACGGCAGCCUCCAGUGGACAGAUUGCCGUCGUCAAACACCUGCUCAACCUGUCUGUUGAGAUAGAUGAGCCCAAUGCAUUUGGAAACACGCCUCUCCACGUGGCCUGUUUCAAUGGUCAGGACGCUGUUGUCAGUGAGCUGAUUGAUUAUGGGGCCAAUGUCAGCCAGGCCAACAACAAAGGCUUCACCCCGCUGCACUUUGCUGCUGCCUCCACACACGGAGCGCUCUGCCUGGAGUUCCUCGUCAACAAUGGGGCCGAAGUCAAUGUACAGAGUCGGGAUGGAAAGAGUCCUCUCCACAUGACUGCGGUUCACGGACGGUUCACUCGCUCUCAGACCCUCAUCCAGAACGGCGGAGAGAUCGACAGUGUGGACAAGGAUGGCAACACUCCCCUUCACAUUGCUGCUCGCUAUGGCCACGAGCUCCUCAUCAACACGCUUAUCACCAGCGGAGCCGACUGCACCAGGCGAGGAGUCCACGGGAUGUUUCCUCUUCACCUGGCUGCCUUGAAUGCGCACUCUGACUGUUGCCGGAAGCUGCUGUCAUCAGGCUUUCAGAUAGACACUCCAGAUACGCUGGGGAGGACCUGCCUCCACGCUGCUGCUGCCGGAGGUAAUGUGGAUUGUGUCAAGUUGCUACUGAGCAGUGGAGGAGACCACAACAGGAGAGAUAAGUGUGGCAGGACUCCUCUUCACUAUGCGGCUGCCAGCCGUCACUAUCAGUGUCUGGAGACUCUGUUGGCAUGUGGCACUGCCAUAAAUGCCACAGACCAGUGGGGGCGCUCCGCCCUGCACUAUGCUGCUGCCUCAGAUCUGGAUAGAAGACGUCGUGUUGCUCUGGAGCCAGAGAGUGAAGGCGUUCAGGCAGAAAGGGAGAAGGAGGCAGCACUAUGUUUGGAGUUCCUGCUUCAGAGCGGUGCUACGGCCUCACUGAAAGACAAACAGGGUUACAACCCUGUCCACUACGCCGCAGCCUAUGGACACAGGCACUGUCUAGAACUGCUGCUGGACAGAGAUGGCGGUCACCAAGAUGACUCUGAAUCUCCACAUGCCAGGAGCCCGCUGCACCUCGCUGCGUACCAUGGCCAUGCUCAGGCUCUGGAGGUGCUGCUGCAGGGGGAGAGAGAGGUAGACCAAGGGGACGAGAUGGGGAGGACAGCUCUGGCGCUGGCUGCUCUCCGUGGUCACUCUGACUGCGUUCACACCCUCCUCAGCCAGGGAGCAUCGCCACGCACUACUGAUAAGCAGUAUGGACGCACCCCGGUGCACCUUGCAGUGAUGAAUGGUCAUACUACGUGUGUGCGCCUCCUGCUGGAUGAAUCGGAUAAUUCAGACCUCGUGGAUGUUGCUGACUCUCAGGGACAGACUCCUCUAAUGCUCGCGGUGGCCGGAGGUCACGUCGACGCCGUGUCGCUGCUGCUGGAAAGGGAAGCCAAUGUCAAUGUGGCCGAUAACCACGGCCUCACAGCGCUGCACCUUGGGCUGCUGUGUGGUCAGGAGGAGUGCAUCCAGUGUCUGCUGGAGCAGGAGGCUUCGGUUUUGCUCGGCGACUCGCGCGGUCGUACAGCCAUCCACUUGGCCGCUGCCCGAGGCCACGCUUCCUGGCUGAGUGAGCUGUUGAGCAUCGCCUGCUCUGAGGCGCCAUCCUUGCCCCCGCUGAGAGACCACAGCGGGUACACACCGCUGCACUGGGCCUGUUAUUAUGGUCAUGAAGGGUGUGUGGAGGUCCUGCUAGAACAGAAAGGCUGCCGCUGUAUUGAUGGGAACCCCUUCACCCCUCUGCACUGCGCUGUAACCAAUGAUCACGAGCCAUGUGCAUCGCUGUUGCUGGAGGCGAUGGGUUCAGACAUCGCUGGCUGCUGCGAUGCUAAGAGCAGGACUCCUCUUCAUGCUGCAGCAUUUGCCGGUCAUGUCGAUUGUGUCCAGUUGCUCCUUUCCCACGAUGCACCUGUGGACGUCGCAGAACAGUCGGGUCGCACUGCGGUGAUGAUGGCGGCUCAGAGGGGCAGGGUCGGGGCUCUUGAGGUGCUGUUGACCAGCGCCAGUGCCAACCUCAGUCUGACUGACAAGGACGGCAACACCGCCCUGCACCUGGCUUGCAGUAAUGGGAAGGAAGACUGUGUGUUGCUGAUCCUCGAGAAGCUGUCUGACACUGCGCUCAUUAAUGCCACGAAUGCAGCGCUGCAAACUCCUCUGCACCUGGCGGCUCGUAGCGGUCUUAAGCAGGUGGUCCAGGAGCUGCUGUCCAGAGGAGCCAACGUUCAGACGGUGGAUGAGAACGCUCUGGAGCUCCCUCCCCAGGGUCCUUGUUGAGGCAUAUACCCCACCAGGGGGGUAAAGGCCUAUCCACUGGCCCUCGGGCGUCACGCAGCCCCAGGAACCCCUCGGGACCAUCCAGCGAGGGAACCACAGAGAACGACUCAGAGGAUUCCGAAACUUUCUGACCCCUCUAAACCGACUCUCUAGCUUCCUACCUCCAAGAGUGCACGUGAACGUCUUACCUCUCUCCUCGGCGAGGAAUGAUGCAGUGUUUGAGUGCACAACUGAGGGAGAAGGAUAGAGACUUGGUCAUUCAUAGAGCCCAUAAAAGUUCAAUAUUAAAUAAAUAACUUGUGGACAAUAAUUAAUCGUAAGAUGAGUUGGAAUAUUUUCUAAUAGAUGGUUAAAUAAUAUUCAUAUUUCUCAUGUCUUCUGUUUGUUUAAUAUUGAACCUUUGGUGCUCCACAUGCAGUGUCUAUAUCUUCUGUUCCCCAUGUUGGGAACAUGAACACGAACUGAAUCGCUCUGCUUUGACGCCAGGCUGGAGACCCUGCAGCUUCUUUUUUUGUAAUGCUCUUUUUUUAAAAGAAAAACCAAGAUGGGAGCAGCUGCACUGCCCAGGACUGACUGACUGGAGCCCAACGAGUCGCUCCGUGAACAAGAACUCGAUCUGGACCAGUUUGGGUCUGCAUGCUUGUGUUAAUUUACACCACGGUUCAUUCUUUCUACUCACGGGUGCUUAAAUCCAAACGACCUCGGUACUUAGUCUCUGCACGGCACAGCAGCUCGCUGCGGAGACUCGUGUUGUCUUUUUAAAAAAAGCCAUUUUUAACUGUUUGUACAAAACGAAGGAGACUAUUAAGAAAUCAGAGUGUAAUUUUAAACUUUUUAUGAUUUUAGGCUUGUUGUACCAAAUAUUUGACUUCCACGAGUAAAUAAUGAACAUGUGACAAAAGGUCAUAUAAACAGGUACAUAGAGCUUGUUUUUAACUGUUUAACAGCUGAAGCACAAAUUUGUAGGUUUUUGUUUGGUUUGGAUGACGUUUGGAUAGAAUGGGAAUUGUGUGGCCUCUCCGAAAGACGUUCCUAGUUCAACUGUAGACCAGAAUAGAGGAUACGAAACACUAGGUACAUCUCAAUGACCUUUACAUCGAGAAAUCCAGAUGACACAGCCCUGACGAAAGAUUCCUCAAGCCUGAUUUAGAGUUCUGUGGUAAAUCAUGGUAGAGCUUACCAUGUGUAACCCACGUAAGUGGCCGUCAGCAUUUAUGCUUGUGCUGGUUCAUUACAUGUUAAUUACCAAGUGGGUAUGUCCACUGAUGUUUCCAGCUGAUGGAAACAUCCUGGGUAAACAUAUUUGUCCCUGAAGUUUUUCUACUUCUUUCCACAUUCCCUCACGUCAAUUAAUAAAUAAAUAUCCCAAGUUCGUUUCAGUUCCACAGUCACGUGUGUUUCAGCAUAAAUUUAAAUGCUAAUGCAAACACUGAGGCACAAAGCUGUGUUCAGAAGAGCUGAACAGUAAUAAUGAUAGUCUGUUAAUGUUAAAUAAGUUAACGUUAGCCUCAAGAGGACAUAGAUACAUGCUACGUUAGCAUAAUCCUGACAAAUCUUUUGCUAUGUUAGCCAUUUCAUGUUUCAUGUUGAAGGAUGCAUUUAUAUCUGAUUUAAUUUUAUAUUAAUCAAAGCGUGGUACAUUUUAUGGUAGUAUAGUAGCUACACAGAUAAGUCAAAAUCCUAGUUCAAUUUAAAAAAGGAUUGCGUUAGCAGUGCUGUUAGCCUAAAGAAAAUAGCUGCUACAUUAGCACAAAGUGUUUUUACUAUAUUAGAUCAAAGCUAGUGGUAUCUAAUGUUGUUGUUCGGGACAUUUUUGAAAACAUUCAGUAUUGUCAGUAUGUGGUGUAAAGUCAAGAACUAAUGUAUCACAGGUGGAGUUGUAGAUAUCAACCAUGGGGGUUAGCAUUGCUGCUAUGCUAAAACCAGCCUGGGGGUUCUUCCAGUUUAAAACCAGACUGAAGAGAUAAAGACGCUUGUGUCCACCACUUGAAUGACUUCCUGUGGCCAUGAAACAAAGGCUGUUCUCUUGAUUCUUUGAAGCACCAUCUGUACUUUUAAUGGAGUGAUGUGAUAAGGUAAUGGGGAUGUACCUAGUGAUGAAUAUAAGGUCUGUGGAGAUCAGAUUGAAAGAUGAGAUUUAUGCAUUUUGUCCUCUGGCCUUGAAUGGCCAUCUGCACUGUUUUCACUCCAUUUGCAUCCCUACCUGUUGUGUUGUGCAUGCUUGCACACUUCCAGGCAAAGCUUCUUUUUUUGUACUUUAAUGUUUAAUCGUAAAUGCCCAGAUUCUCAACAAAGACCAAAUUUCUGAGGCAAUGAAAAGCUCUGUUUAGCUCUGUUGUGCUAUAUAUGAUCCAUUACACGGUGGUACAAACAAUGCCAGCACUUAAAUGUAAAUUAACACAGGGCUUUGACCACUUUCCUCACAUUCCUCCCCACUGUUUGUCGCUCUGCCAGCUAUGUGCCAUUGUUUCGAAUGUGUCCAGUGCCUUGAUGAGUCUUUUUUUCUUUUAUGAGUAGUUGGAAAGGAUGAGUUCACUAUUAUUGCAAAAUAGGAAAAGUGUUGGUGGUACCGAGUGGUGCAGAUUUUAGCCAUGCUUUGAGAGAUUUACCUCAGACCUCUACCGUUUUAUUGUUUGUGUAGGUUUUUCGCCUUUUGUACACACCAGACACUUUUAAAAGUGAGAAGAAAGUUCCAAACCAGCCGUCAGUUAUGAGGAGCUGCUAAAUGGAUUUGAAGGUCAAACUUGUAAAACCAGACUUGAUGUGCUGCUGUGGUCAUAUGAUGUGACUGAAAGCACAGUUACUGAAUGGACCUAUAAAUAUAAAUCUCACUGCAAGAAGAAAGAAGGAAUACUUGAUUCAUUGUUUAAGUUGGGAAAUGACUGAAACCGUGAAAACAGCGAUCUCUUUCUCCUCUCUGUGGAGGUGCAAAUCUUAAAACCUGGACAAACAAAAACUAGGCGUGGCUGAGCACCACCAGGUACCACCAGUUUUUUUGAAAUUGUGUGAAAUUAUUCUUUAAUGCGUUGAGCUAAAUAUGAGUGGUUAUGUUGUAUUGAAUGACAGUGUUUGACACAGUUUUGGUUGUUUUGUCACCUUAAACCUCUGAGGUCUAAGUCAUCAUUUUGUUUUUGAGUUUUUGCAAAAAAUGUGAAUUGUUUUUCGUGUUGUCAGUUGAACUGAUUUUUUCUUUGGCCCCUGAUUGCCAAGAUUUUGGAGAACAAAGUAAUAAAAAGGAAAAAAUGAUGUUUGCUUGCCGAGGGUAGGGUCGGGGUCACCACCUGUGACAACUUAGACCCGAGAGAGUUAAAGGCUGGAGAUUUAAUCCCCCUAAUUUUAUUGUCAACAAAUCCACUGCUCCAUAAAUCCUUUUGUUCCUCAUGCAAUAAAUUAAGGAGGUUUUACCGUCAGACCUCAUACUCUUCCUGCUAGAUGAUUAACUCGUAAUACUCACCCAGUUGAGUGAGUAUUUGGAAGCCUUUGAUUUCCAACGUAUUCCGAGUGGAAAGCCUUUUAGUCUUCUGUUAUUGUUACACGAGUGAGUCUUACUACAGCAAGAUCGAUUUCAACUUUGCAACAACAGUCGAGGCCUGCGGCUCAGAGCAAGGACUUAGUUAUCAGUCAUUUGUUGACAAUAAGAAAAAAAGACAAUAUCUCCAGCCGUGUGUGUGUGUGUGUGUGUGUGUGUGUGUGUGUGUGCGCACUAGCUUAGGUACUGAUAUGAAAUCCACCUGCUUUUUUGUACAUUAUGUACUGUAAGGGAAAGCUUUGUAUGAAGAAAUCUCCAUCCCAGAUGGUUUUGUUUGACUUUGGAUUUAAAACGUAAUGAGUUGUGAAUCCUGUUAGCUGCCAGAUAAGCACACAUAUUGUUAGCAAGCACAGUCUUUACUGCCUCCGCUGUCCCUGAGAGACAGAGCCUGUCCGCCAGUAUUCAACCAGAAAAUGAGCUUCAGCAGGCCUGACAAUCGUCGUGUGAUUUUCAUAGCAGUUCCUGAUGCAGUACGGCAUGCUGAGGGCUGUUUGUCACCUCCACUUUGUUUUAUAUUAACUGUACAACAAUAAAAAUCUGUU